CUGAAGCACGCUGUUAAGGCUUUCUUCCACGAGGACGACUGCUGCCUAGAGCCGAAAUUGGCAGCCAAGAUGAGGGCGCGAUGGUCAGGGCCCGAGGCGUUGCUCAACGACGGCCAGUUCUGGCAGGCCUUUCGCCUGUUUGGCAGGCACGCCGCCAUCGCCAACAUGGUGGUCGAGCGUCUAUUCGCGCAGAUCCACCGCUGCAUGGACAUCAGCGACGCAUGCCUGGAGAGGGUUCGCGUCAACGGCUUCCUCACAGAGUGCCUCUCCCAGCACUUGAAGGCUGGCGGCGACGACCCCAGGGAGCAGCAGGCGACCGCGGCUGCUGCCAUGGGGGCGCCGCUGGCAUCGGCCAUCCCGCGGGGGCGCAGGACCACCCGCAAAGCUCCUGGAUGGAUGAAGUACGUCAACGCCAUGGAACGCAAAGAUGGGCCUCCUCGCUCGAAGCUGCAGAGGCUCACGGAACGGUCCGCGCUGAAGGCGGACUUCCACCGUCUUCCGCUGGGAGAACAGUCGCAGUGGGAGACACGGGCCGAGGAGGACUUCAUGUCAAAGCGGCUUAAGGUCGCCCUCGAGGCAACGUUGCCAGCGGUCGAGCCGUUAGAGCACGUUACCGACGCGGCCCCGGUGUGUGGCCUGACCGGGGACGGGUUGCCCGUGAACCAGCAGUCGUUCUUGAAAGCGACGGGGGCUGGCGUCGAUGACUCGUUCAGAUCGUGGGGGACCAGCCUUCGAAAGGAGUUUCAGGACGCCUGCUUCGUGAAGGACGCCUGCAAGAUCGCCAAGGGCCGCGCGGUGACUGUGCGCCGAGCCUGUUGGCAGCGGCAUGCGGGCGUUUGUGAAAGCAAGGACGCGCCGAUCUAUCCGGCGCUCGCGGGCACUGGUACUGCGCUGGCUCAGCGCGCGUGGAAGGGUGAUUGGCAGUUCCAAUGGAUGCGCAUCGAGCUCAGCGAGCCUGGGGCGCCUGAGACCAUGAAAGCUGGUGGCUUCUAUUGGUGCGCCUCUACAAGAGGCAGCAACCCGCUCCUGACGCUCUUCCUGGCAGGUGAACCUGGCGAUGCCCCUGGCACUGUCAGGUUCAGUGUCCAGGACAUGCACUUGGUGGUGUUGAAUAACGUGUCCAUCGUGAAGCGCUUGCUCGGCGGCGAGGUGCCGCAGGAGGGCCAGUGCUUGAGCGUCCAGCUGGUGAAGUGCGUCCCCCUUGACAACCCCUCGGGGCCCCUCGGCGUCAGCCUCAUCACGGAGAGCCUGGCCCGGGAGAGCGUGGUUGACUGCGUCUUGCAGGCCCGCGCC